UGAAAGGAACUGUGUAAAUCUUGAUCUUUUAGGCAGAAAUCAAAGCACAGUGCGUUGCAGAAAUUCAAUUUCAUUCGGUUCAUUUAUCUGUUAAAUUUAAUUUGUUAUAAAAUGAGUUUUCUGAAUAAAGUUGUCAUUGUAACAGGCGCUUCUUCUGGAAUCGGUGCGGAUGUUGUGAAACGUUUUGCCAAUGAAGCUGCUAAGGUUGUUUUGGUUGGUCGUAAUGAGGCAAACUUAAAUAAAGUUCGCAAUGAACUUCCUGCCAAUGUCGAGGCAUUAAAUAUUAUCGCCGACAUUACAAAACAUGAAGAUUCAGUGAUAAAUAAAACCAUUGAACGUUUCGGCCAGAUAGACAUUCUAAUCAAUAAUGCCGGAGUGUUACAAAAGGGUUCAGUCGAAGAUAUUGAAAUCAGCGACUUCGACGAUUUGAUGGAUGUAAAUGUUCGCUCAGUGUUUAAAUUGACCAAACGGGCCAUACCACAUUUAAUUAAGACAAAAGGUAACAUAGUUAACGUAUCGAGUAUCACUGGCUUGAGGUCAUUUCCGAACGCCAUUUCUUACUGUGUCUCAAAGGCGGCAUUGGAUCAGUUCACCAGAUGUACAGCCUUGGAUUUGGCCAGCAAAGGGAUUCGGGUAAAUUCAGUGAAUCCAGGAACGAUUGGCACUGGAAUGCAUAAAAAACUUGGAAUGACGGAUGAAGAUUUUGCUGCUUUUUUGGAAAAAUGUAAAUUGACUCAUGCUAUGGGACGCCAUGGCGACACAUCUGAAGUUUCGUCGGCUAUUUUAUUUUUGGCCGGUGAUACAGCAAGCUUUAUUACUGGCUGCUGUUUGCCGGUGGAUGGCGGAAAACAUGCCAUGUGUAGCUGAAUUAUUUAAGUGUUGAUACUUAGCAAAGCUUUGUACUUAGCCUAAAAAUACCAAUGAAUGACAAAA